UUUCUUAUUUACUGUCUCGUACUAUUUCUGUUAUUUGAUUCAGUCAAAAUCAAAUCAAGUUUUAUUAAAUGAUAUCACUUACAUGACAAAUUCCAUUAUACAAAUGAUAUUACAGAUCAUUGAAUAUAAUACUGUUUGCUUAAGAAAAAUCUUGUCUGCGAACAGGAGUCAGUUUUGAAACUAUUUUUUAUUCAUUUAAUACACAAUAUUUAUUCCUACUAGGAUAUAUGGUAUGUCUACUAAGACAUACCUAGGAGCUAUUUUUUAAUCAACCAAUUUAUUUGAGUUGGAAAUUGAAAAAUGGUGGGUAGCUGGAGUUUGCUGCCACUGAGCUGGAAGCGUCAAGCCAAGGAGUUUUUCAAUAAAAGCACUCUUCAUGGCGUGCGUUACAUUGCCGAAACUGAGAGGCCUAUCUAUGAGAGAUUCAUCUGGCUGUUGCUGACCUCCACCGGCGGUGUGAUAACGAUGCUGAUAAUUCUUUCGCUAUGGUCGAAAUUCCAGACGAAUGCGACCAUCACAGGUUUGGACACCGACUUCCACAACUGGGACGCGCCCUUCCCCGCCGUCACCAUUUGUCCCCACCAUCCACUCAAUGACACCAGGGUCAGCGACUACAUCUACAGAACUUUUCCAACACCGAUCGAUGAAGACAAGCUUCUCUACUACAAACGAUUUGUGACGCAAAUUGCAACCCUGUCUUACGCCAAUAUGGAGAAUAUUUCUGAGUUUGCUGGAGACAAAACACUGCCGCAAGAGAAUCUUAGAGACAUUUUGCCUGAGGUACUGAUUUCUUGCGAAAGCAUUAUCUCCGAUUGCCAGUGGAAAGACAAUCCAUAUGAAUGCUGUGAAGGCUUUCUGCCAAUCAGAACAGAGCAUGGCUUCUGCUAUUCCUUCAACUGCUUGAAAGUAGACACUGAAAUGUUUACCGAUAGGAAACAAGUGGCACCUGAGACUACACAGUUCAUCUACGAGACAGACACUAAAUGGUCACUAGUCUUCAAUCUGAAUAGACCAGAGAAAGAAACUGUGAAGGUAUUCCUGCACUCGGCCGAAGACUAUCCGUCCUUUGACCUUGAGCCACAGCUGGUGUGGCUGGGCCAAAUCGCCAAGGUCUUCUUCUCGUCCAAGGACACGUAUACAACGGACAACGCGCGUCAGCUGAGCAUCGCGCAACGCAAGUGCAUCUUCGCGGACGAACGCCACCUGCUCACCUCACCCAAGUACACCUAUGUCGCCUGUAUGCUGCAGUGUCGUAUGCAGAAGACCAUGCAAAUGUGCGCCUGUGUACCGCACUUCUACGCCAAAAUCGACGGAUUCCCCUUUUGUAACUUGACUGGACUAUCAUGUCUAGCGCAAAAUAUGAAUGAGAUCAGCAGAAGUCUGGCGUGUCCUUGCGAGCUUGGCUGUGCCAAUACCGUUUACGAGGUUGAAAAACUCAUUGAUGCUGUAGGGCGAGAAGAAACGUUGGAGGUUGGGUUUGUAUCCUGGCCCAUGGUAAGAUAUAAAAGAGAAGUUCUGUUUGGCUGGGUCGAUCUACUUGUAUCUUUUGGCGGAAUAGCCGGCCUAUUUCUGGGCUUCAGCCUGGUGAGCGGCAUUGAAAUCAUCUACUACUUCACAAUCCGCGCCGCCUGCAUGGUCAACAGCGAUGACGUCACUGAGGAAACCUCCACCACUCCCCCUCCGACGCCACCCCCACCCCGCGCUCCUAUAGGGGGCGACAAGGACAGACGAGCAGUCACUAAAGGGUCGCUGAAGAGCAACAGAGACAGCAACAACAUAUUCUGGCUCAACGAUCAGCUGAUGAUGAAGCAGCAAAUGGCUCUGAUGCAGUCGACACAGAAUAACCGGACCAGGAAUAACAGAUACACUUCGCGCAUGAAUCGCAACAACAGUGACAAUCUGUAUUCAAUUCCUUACUUGGAUUGAACUGAAAAUGAAGAAGAGGCUGC